UGCCAUCCUUGUUCCGAGAGCACAUCGACAGCACCAAAUGUGAUUUCGCCCAAUGGCGAUAUCAUUCUUGAAUAUGCUGUGAUGUCAUCUGAAAAAAAGCACUACUGGCAGGUUUCGAGUGAGCAACUCAUGACUGGGAGUCCUUACUUCGGAGCGAUGUUGGACUCUGAAAAGUUCCUGGAGGGUAGAUUACUUGCGCAGCAGAGGCAAGCCCUGAUAGACGGCGCGGCAGAUAGCUCUUCGAGAAUUUUAAGCGUCUCAUCACUCGCCAAGUUGCCUAUUGUGGAGAUCCCUUGCAGCGCGAAGUCCGAACUAUGCGGUGUUGAGGCGAUCCAGCUGUUCCUCAAGAUUCUGUGCCUAGAUUCCUCGGACACAGAGGCACAAGAUGUCUUCUACGAUGGCUUGACAGCACAAUCAUCUUCCAUUGUUGCCAAGCUGAUUGACAUUUCUGAGUGGUUCAAUUCUACAAGUCCUAUUCAAAAGGCUCUACAGACAGCUCAGUACAGAGGCGGCGGCAAGUCGAAACCUGGAGUCAGCAUGAAAGUUUUCACAUUGGAUAUGUUGAAGUUAAAGGAAAGACGCAUCCGAGAGAUGAUCUUUAUUUCGGCAUCUAUUGGUUUAAAUGAUAUCCUAAAAGCAAUGACGCAUACUCUGGUUCUAGUAGGCUCAAGAUACUGGCAGCAAGGACCAGAAAGGCCGAUGACAGAUGGUUAUUUGAGUUGGAAAUACCUUCCCAAUGGCCUUGAAGAGGAAAUAUACCACAGGCGACAGUGUGUUAUGAACACAUUAACUGAUCUACAGGCUCACUUUCUUCGUGCUUAUGGUGGACUUGAAAGAGAUGAGUCAAAUGCUAAGCCAAAUACGCCGGGUGUGGCAUUUUCUUCGAGUAUUCGAAACCCCGAACUGCAGUGCCGGAAUGGACUCGACAAUGGCGCGCAGUGUGACAUCUUUCACCUCGGUCAAAUGACACGCUUUUUUGCACUACGCACGAAGACUAUAUUUUUGGGAUCCACGCUUGUCGAUCCCAACUUUAACAACGAGGAUUCUGGCGAGGAAUCACCCGAUCAAUAUAAUGGCCCCGAUGAACAUGGUGACUCCGAAGAGCCCCAGUUUGCCAUAAACCAGGUCAUAGCCGGAAUCAAACAAUACCCCGACUAUCAAAUUGACACCAACCAUGUCGGUUGUGGUAUUCGGCGUCGGAUAUUGCCGAUUUUGGACGGCAUCGAGAAGUUCAUCGCCGAUAGUCGGGGUCUACUAGGAAUUCAAGCAAGCUUGUGGGAGCUACCAGAAACUCGGAUGGUGAGUGCAUGGUCUGGAAAAGGGGGACCAAAGGACCACACGGUUGAGAUUCGCUUUGCAAAGAUCACCAAGAUCGACAUACCAUCCUAUGGUCCAUUGAAACACUUCACCUCCCCCGAAGACCAAGCACGCUUUAUGUUUACUGCGGCGAAAUAUAAGUGGGAAGCAUAG